AUGGGAAAUAGGAAUAAUACAAAUGUGCCUGAUUUCAUCCUUAUGGGACUGACAGAUUCUGAGGAAAUCCAGCAGGCCCUCUUUAUGGUGUUUUUACUGAUAUACCUGAUUAAUCUGCUAGGGAAUGCAGGGAUGAUACUGAUAAUUCACCUGGAUCUCCAGCUUCACACCCCCAUGUAUUUUUUCCUUGGUCACCUGUCAUUCCUUGACAUCAGUUACUCAACAGUCAUCACACCUAAAACUUUGGUGAACUUACUGAAUUCCCACAAGUAUAUUUCAUUCAUGUGCUGCUUCAUUCAGAUGUCUUUUUUUAUCUUCUUCUGUGUCACUGAAUUUUUCCUUCUCUCUUCAAUGGCCUAUGACCGCUAUGUAGCCAUCUGCAGCCCACUUCAAUACCGUAUUGUUAUGUCCAGGAGACUUUGCUGCACCCUCAUCACUGGGUCCUACCUGGUGGGACUAAUUGAAUCAUUAGCUAUUCUUCUUCACAUGAACAGUUUUCAUUUCUGCAAAUCCAAAGUAAUAUAUCACUUUUUCUGUGACAUAAUCCCAAUUUUAGCCCUGUCCUGCACGGACACUCAUGACACUGAAAUCAUGAUAUUUAUUCUUGCUGGUUUAAAUGUAAUGGUGUCUCUUAUCACAAUCGCUGUGUCCUAUGGGUCCAUUCCGUCUACUAUCCUGAAAAUAAAUUCCACUUCAGGAAAACACAAAGCCUUCUCUACUUGUGCCUCCCACCUCCUGGGAGUCACCAUCUAUUACAGCACUACAGUUUUUACUUAUUUAAAACCAAAGAAGUCAUACUCCUUGGGAAAGGAUCAAGUGGCCUCUGUGUUUUAUACUAUGGUGGUCCCCAUGCUGAAUCCACUCAUUUAUAGUCUUAGGAACAAGGAAGUAAAAAAUGCUCUCGUUAGAGUCAUGCAGAAGAGAGAGGGCUCUAGGCAAUUGAAAUGCCUAUGA